AUGGUGUAUCGAAGUAACGAUUCUUCGAACAACAACCCGACUGGAAUACGGGGAUCAGUAACAACAUGGGCCCCAUGUUGGGCUACCUGUUUACUUUUGACAGGGCUAUUUGUCAUAGCUGGAGUAAUCGUUUCAUCACUCAUACCAGUCUAUUUACAGGCAAAAGUUGAGGAUAUUGCUGUAGCAAGUAAUAAUUAUGGUGCACGAUAUAUCACAACGGAAUUCGGUUGCGAUACAGUUUUCUAUCAAAGUCAAGCAGUAAUCAAUUUGGAAGAUAUUGGAAAACAAAUCACUGAAAGUCUUGGCUUCCCUCCAAAUACAUUUACUGUUCAAUCUGGAUCAACAGAAAUCGGAACUCUUAAAACAGGAAGAAAAGACUAA